UUUACAGAUAGAAAAAAGUCUGCUUCAUAGUGUCAACACAUUCAUAAGUCUGUAUUAAUUUAACUUUUAUAUAACUUUUUGUUUUGUUAUAUUAUCAAAAAGUUAAUAAUGGGUCAAUUUGAGUCCUCGCUGGCAUCGUUAUUUAAAAACGAAUCGAAUGUAGAAAGUCUGACUGAGCAAACUAAAUUUACUAGAGAAGAAAUACGUGCAAUGAAUGAAAAGUUCAAGAAUGAAUAUCCUAAAGGAUAUUUAACAGAAGAAGAAUUCAUAAAAGUGUAUUGUGAACAUGCGACCGUAAGUUCAAAUCGGACUGCAGUUAGUGCAAAACUUGUUGCUAAAAAAAUCUUUCAAUCUCUUGAUCGCAGUAAAGAUGGAAAAGUUGAUUUUAAAGAACUUGUUUGCCUUUUAUCUAUUUCGACUCAUGGAACAGUUGAGGAAAAACUACGAUGGGUUUUUACAGUCUAUGAUAUAAAUAAUGAUGGUAAACUCUCGCUUGAUGAAAUAGGGAGCAUCGUUCGAAGCAUGCAAUCUUUAAAUCCAAAUGAAAAAAAAAUGAGUGAUAAGCAAAUAAAAGAAAUGUUUUCCCGUUGUGACAAAAACAAUGACGGCACCAUCACUGUAGAUGAAUUUGUUCGCGCUUCAAAAUCAACACCGGCGUUCUUGAAGUUAAUAACAGAUAAUAUUAAUUCAGCAACUAGUUAAAAAAUUUAGGAUUAAAAAUUUGCAUUUGCUUAGAAAAUUUUUUCUUUGUUUUUGUAUGUACGUAUAACAGAUAAACAUUGGCAAUUCAUUUUAUUGGUUUGUUUAUAAUAAUUGUUGCUAACAUAAAUCAAAUUGUAUCAAGUAAUUUUUUUUCUGCAUAAAGAAAUAAUUUUAUUGAAUGAUUA